CUCACUCUGGUAAUCCCAGCAAUUUGGGAGGCUGAGGCAGGAGGAGGGCUGGAAGUCGGAUGUUCAAGACCAGCCUGAGCAACAUAGCAAGAUCCUUGUCUCUACAUCUCUACAAACAAAAAAUUAGCUGGGUGUGGUGGCAUUCACAUGUAGUUUCAGCUACGCAGGAGGCUGAGGCAGGAGGAUUGUUUGAGCCCAGGAGUUGGAGGAUGCAGUGAGCUAUGAUUGCACCACUGCACUCUAGCCUGGGUGACAGAGUCAGACUCUGUCUCUUAAAAAAGAAGAGGAGGCACGGGUGGGCAUGGUGUUCACGCCUGUAAUCCCAGCUCUUUGGGAGGCCGAGGUGGGUGGAUCACUUGAGCUCAGGAGUCCAAGACCAGCCUGACCAACAUGGUGAAACCCUGCCUCUACUAAAAAUACAAAAAUUAGUUGGGGGAUGGUGGCGCAAGUCUAUAAUCCCAGCUACUCGGGAGGCUGAGGCAGGAGAAUUGCUUGAACCUGGGAGGCGGAGGUUGCAGUGAACUGAGAUUGUGCCAUUGCACUCUGCACUCCAGCCUGGGUGGCAGAGUGAGACUCCAUCUCAAAAAAAAAGAAGGGGAGAUUGAGACAUUCAGAUAGAGACACCAGGGGUGUGUGCACAGGGGAAAGACCAUGUGAGAAGCCAGCAAGAAGGUGGCCAUCUGCAAGCCAAGGAGAGAGGCUUCAGGAGAAACCACCCCUGCCAACAUCUUGAUCUUGGACUUCCAGCCUCCAGAGCUGUGAGAAAAGAAAUUUCUGUUGUUUAAGCCACCUGGUCUGUGGUAUUUUGUUAUAGCAGCCUGAGCAAACUAAUACAGCAUCUCAAAGAUGCCUCUAACCCAACUCCAUUCCCACACUAAGUCAGAGUGUUUAGCAGAGGGUUAGUAUUUGCCUGCAGAGCAUGAAGGGCUCUUCCUGACUCACUGUGAGGAAUGCUUUGGGUUAAAAGAUUGUACUUUUCUGAGUUCAGCUGAAAGGUGGAGGGCUCAGUGAGGUGGCUCACAUCUGUAAUUCCAACACUUCGGGAGGCCGAGGUGGGAGGAUCACUUGAGCCCAGGAGGUUGAGAGCAGCUUAAGCAACAUAGUAAGACCCUGUUUCUCAACACACACAUGCACGCACACAUGCACGCACGCACGCGCAGGUGUGGGGGUAUGUGCCUGCAGUUCCAGCUACUUGGGAGGCUGAGGUGGGUGGAUUGCUUGAGGCAAGGAGUUUGAGACAAGCCUGGUCAACAUAGUGACACCCCAUCAUCCCCCAAAAUCAUUUUUCUUUGUUUUGAGACACAGUCUCACUCUAUUGCCGAGGCUGCAGUGCAGUGGUGUGAUCUCACCUCCCUGCAACCUCCGCCUUCACGGACGGUGAAUGUCAGUAAACAUUCGGCAGAAAAGCUCUGCCAAAUUGAGUGCUCUGAUGUGACUUUUUUGUCAAGUCAGUGUUCCUGGGAUCUCUUGUACAUGAUAAUCACACUCUUGUACAUGAUAAUCUCACUCCUGUAAGGUUUCCUAGUUUCUGCUUGCCCUAGUUUUCUUUCCCAUCCUGAUCCCUCUCCCACCAGACUGGACUCUGAAAUGGGCAUGUACAGAGAAGAGGAGACCCCAACAUGCUUCAGGCUUUGAGUGGAGAGGACACAGCCUCUGCUGGGACAGGGAACAGAGGGAUGCGGAGACCCCGAAGAUGCUUUUGGACAAUGGCCUGAGGUUGGGACAGUGCCAGGAGAUACCAUUCAUUCACUCAGGAUCUCCAGAACAAGAGAUCAGCCUGGCAGUUACAUGUGUUUUUCUUCAAACUGGUUGCCAGCAGUGCCCACAAGAAGGCCAUGGACAGAACAGAGACUAGUUUCCAUGAGAGGGGACAGAUUAUGGGAAAGAUCACGGCCAGCCAUCAACCGCACCCCCAGGAUGAGCAGAGCCCCCAGUGGAGCACCUCGGGGUACCCCCUCCAGGAGGUGGUAGAUGAUGAAGUGUCCGGACCAUCAGCCCCUGGGGUAGAUCACAGCCCCCCAGGUAGGUCCUUUUGCUGGAAAAGGAAGAGGGAGUGGUCAGACGAAUCUGAGGAGUCGUCGUCGGAGGAGCCACAGAAGGAGCUCGUCCCUGAGCCUGAGGAGACCUGGGUGGCGGAGACACUGUGUGGCCUUAAGAUGAAGCUGAAGCGACGGCGAGUGUCGCUCGUGCUCCCUGAGCACCACGAGGCCUUCAACAGGCUGCUUGAGGAUCCUGUCAUUAAAAGAUUCCUGGCCUGGGACAAAGAUCUGAGGGUGUCAGACAAGUAUCUCCUGGCUAUGGUCAUAGCGUAUUUUAGCCGGGCCGGCCUCCUCUCCGGGCAAUACCAACGCAUCCACUUCUUCCUGGCUCUCUAUCUGGCCAAUGACAUGGAGGAGGACGACGAGGCCCCCAAAGAAAACAUCUUUUACUUCCUGUACGGGAAGACCCGCUCUCACAUACCCUUGCUCCGUAAGCGUCGGUUCCGGUUAUGCCGUUCCAUGAACUGGAGGGCCAGGAAGAACCGCUCUCAGAUAGCCUUGUUCCAGAAACUUCGGUUCCAGUUCUUCUGUUCCAUGCGCUGCAGGGCUUGGGUUUCCCCGGAGGAGUUGGAGGAGAUCCAGGCUUAUGACCCAGAGCAUUGGGUAUGGGCGCGAGAUCGCGCCCGCCUUUCAUAGAGCUCCAGGGACCGUGGAGGCCUGAGGUCAUCGGCCUGAGAGAAGAACACCGGGCCCAGGGGAGAUGUGGAUUUUCCGCAGGAACUUUAUUCCAAUGCUCAUGGCAGACACCAGGAAGGAGGAGAGGAGCCGUUUGUGCAGAUCAUCUGGAAGAACCUGGACCGUUCUUGAUGGAGGCUGAAUACAGUGAUCACGUUGUCCUCCUAGGAGCAGGGGUGGAGGGUGGGGGGUGGGGUACUUCUAGGAGUCCUUGGAGAAAAGUAAGAAACCAGG